AUGACCGUGUGUACAAGUUAUAUUCACAUCUUAGGCAUGGGCUCAUCUGCACCUAGCACCGGAAUCGUCGAUGCCUACACUCACUAUGCGCCACUAGCUUUGGCUAAAUACCUGCAAGAAGACUGCAACGACGGGAUGCCUUUGGUAUUUGCCAAGUUAUUCGAACGGAUUCCCCUGCUGACGGAUGUAUCGGCCAGGCUUGCUUUCAUGGACACUCAUAAGAUAGACGUCCACGUUCUUGUUCCUCUUCCUUGGCUGGAAGUCGUACCUGCCUGUCACACAAAUAAGGAGAGGUAUGUCUUGAAGGAAUCGGGGAAAUGAGCUCUAGAGGCAUGCAAACGUGCGAACAAUGAGAUGGCAGCUGUGGUCCAAUCUCAUUCGACCCGUUUCUUGGGUGUUGCCCUUCUACCUACCGGGCACUUGAAGGGGCCCGGAAAGGAGGACGAGGAGGAGGGCGCGAGCCAUGAAAAGGAUGGAAUGGAUAUUUUGAUGGAGGCGUAUAAACAUGCCGUAGAGACAUGCAGCCUAGACGGGGUCGCGCUGUUUGUGGGCCCUUUAUCCUCGCCACUCGACCACCCUGGCUUCGAAGCUCUAUGGAAAAGAUGUGAAGAAGACGGUGUUCCUGUGUGGCUGCAUCCCAAUAGACCUCAGAGUCAAAAUUUUGACGAUACAGAGGGUCUUGCUUUGCUGGACGACAUGAAAAAAUUCUACUGUGAUACCGCCACCUUCGGCUUGGCCCCGCUCAAUAUCCGGCAGGGGCUGCUCAAGACGUGAUGGACAAAAUUUGGGGUCAAAAUUUCUGGGUGAUGAUGGAAAAGCGUUUGGAGUUGAAGAAAGCACACAACAUGGAGGUAAAAGGAAAUGUCGAUACGAUAGACCACACGCGUGAAAAAGCAAGGGUUAGCGAUUCUUCUACAAGUUGAACGUAGUUUAUCUGCUUGGCUA